AUGUCUCUUGAUGAGGAAACAUACUCUCCAGACACAAGUAUUGCUGGAAGAAUAUUCUAUCUAUCAAUCCCACCAAAUACGUACCCAAAAACUGUUGCAAGUUUAUAUAAAUACUGCCGGCCUCUUGCACAUGGUAGCUGGCAGCGGCUGGUUCUCGAAAAGCCAUUUGGAAGUGACCGCAAAACUGCAGAGACUCUGGCACAGUCACUCUCCCAAUGGUUUAACGAGAAUGAGAUAUAUCGAGUGGAUCAUUAUCUGCAAAAACCUAUUGUGAGACACAUUCUCCCUUUCAGGUUUGCAAAUGCUAAUUGGUUGGAGCAUAUUCUUAACAGACACCAUGUUGACAGAGUUGAAGUGGUCAGCAAAGAAAUUUUAGGAGUAAAAGGCCGAACCAAAUUCUACAACCAGGUUGGUGUAGUUCGUGACAUGCUGCAGAAUCAUUUAACAGAAUUACUUACACUCAUUACAAUGGAGUUACCCAGUCAUCUUGAUGCUGCAAACUAUGAAGAAAUUCAACGUAAGAAAAUUGAUCUUCUGGAACAGGUGAAGCCUGUGGACUCCAAGAAUAUUCUCUUUGCUCAGUACAAGGAAUACAUGCAAGAAGCUGUAAAAGAUGGAAUCAACAAGUCAUCCUCAGCCAAGACUGCAACGUUUGCAGCAACACAGGUCUUUAUUCAAUCAGCCCGGUGGAAAAAUGUCCCCUUCAUUUUAGUUGCUGGAAAACAACUUGAUGAAAAGGCCACGUAUGUAAGGAUUAUUUUCAAAAGAAACACUUUUCCCAUUCCCUAUCCAGCGGAAGGCCAAAAUCUGCAACAGAUUGUGUUUCACAUUGCUUAUGGCUCCAUGAAAGAACAUUCAAUUCUUGUCACCAAGACCCUUGGUAAUCCAACAUGGCCACCUGGAAUAAUCUCCAAACAUUGGGCACAACCUCCUGCGUAUGAUGCUGAGAUGUCUUCAUUCUAUAUGGCUGGUCCAGAAUUUGAGUCAGAUGCUUACUGUCAAGUUGUUCAAGAUAUCAUUCAGGGUAGACAGAGCAGUUUUGUUGGCACUGCCCAACUCCUGAACAUGUGGGAUAUUUGGCAGCCAGUUUUGAAUGUGCUUAGCAAGAGGCCAAAGUUGUAUACCCGCAAUAGUUCAUUAGACUUCUUUGUCUAUGACAACAGGUUACAAUUUAUCACAGAAGAGGACACACAACCAGUUCAUGUAGAAAUCCAGCAAGAUGAAAAAAGGUUUGGACAAGUCCCCUCCCAUUUCCGUGGUGGGACCCUUUAUGUAAAUUCCACCAAUGAAAUUGCAGUUCAACUUGCUCUGUCCAUCAUUGAUGAGGCAGUAAUAAUGAUUAAAAGAAAAAAAUCCUUCCACAUUGGGUUUUCUGGUGGCAAGACACCAGCUCUUCUCCUUGCACAGCUGCGUGAGCACUAUCCUCUCCAUUUGUGGGUGUACACCCAUGUCUGGCUGGUGGAUGACCGCUGUCAACACCUGGAUAGUCACCGUUCCAACUUCAACCUGUUGUAUACAGAACUACUUCAGCAUGUCAACAUCCCCUAUAUAAAUAUUCAUCCAAUGCCAGUGUCAAUAGCUGGAUCUCUGUGUCUUGAUGCUGACCAAGGAGACUUGCUCUAUGAGAAGCAGCUUACAGUUGCUCUUGGCGAUGGAGGUUUAGAUUACACGAUUCUUGGCCUCGUUUUAUAUCUCUCCCCCUCUCUCUCUUUUAUUUAUUUUUUUUUUAACAAUGUCUAA